AUGGCGGUCAAGUCUAAAGCUCGUGUGGUAAUCGCCCGUAUGCUGUCAACAGCAGGCACAGGUUUUAUGUACACAACACGCCGAACAAGAGUUGCUGAAAAGCUCAGCAUGAUGAAGUACGACCCGAAAGUACGAAAGCAUGUCCUCUUCAAGGAGACAAAGGGCUCAAAAUAA